AUGGAGAAAACACGGGUCGCCAAGGUUGACAAUGUGACCUUGUCUCGCCGCGGUGAGCAGGUUGAUGGUACCCUCCAUCUCACCCCUCACCACCUUAUCUUUUCACACACACCCACGGUUUCCACCGAAGACCAGGCCAAGGGGGUGAUAGUCAGACCUAGAGAGCUCUGGUUUACGUACCCAAUCAUCGCAUUCUGUACCCUGCGCACGGCUCCCGCAGCAUCCCGCCAGCUCUCCUCCAUCCGCCUUCGAUGUCGAGACUUCACCUACGUCUGCUUCUACUUUGCGAAUGAACACAAAGCACGAGAAGUGUUUGAGAGCAUCAAACAGUGGACAUGCAAAUCUAGCCGAAUCGACAAACUAUAUGCCUUCACCUACCAACCUCCCCCACCAGAGAAAGAGCUCAACGGAUGGAACUUGUAUGACCCGCGCAAAGAAUGGGCGCGCCAGGGCGUCUUGAAUGAAGGCCAAAGAUGGCGACUCUCCGAGAUCAAUACGAACUACGAAUUCUCCCCGACCUAUCCCGCCAUAAUUCCCGUACCUUCAUCGAUCUCUGAUAAUACUCUCAACUACGCAGGACGCUACCGAUCUCGAGCGCGGAUUCCAGCUCUAACGUAUCUCCAUCCCGUCAAUAAUUGCACAAUCACCAGAAGCUCGCAGCCGCUGGUCGGUGUCCGACAGAACCGGAGCAUUCAAGAUGAGAAGCUUCUUUCGGCUAUAUUCUUGACCUCUCGAUCUGAGCGACCUCUAGCAAGCUUUGCCUCGCCCCCUUCCGAGAAAGAACUAUCGGAUCCGAGCCCUGAUAGCCCAGAGUCAAGCCAGAUAGUGGUACCCGAGCCGACCAACGCCGAGGACCUGGAAGACGACUUGCUAGCUGCUGCAGAUGGUGAUACCGAAGAGCAGCGCGCUAUUUACGGAGCCCAGCAGUCAAACUUGAUCGUAGACGCCCGACCUACUGUUAAUGCCUUUGCCAUGCAAGCUGUUGGACUCGGCUCCGAGAACAUGGACAACUACAAAUUCGCUACAAAGGCAUAUCUUGGUAUUGACAAUAUCCAUGUCAUGCGCGACUCGUUGAACAAGGUCAUAGAUGCUUUGAAAGACUCGGACGUCACACCACUGGGGCCGAAUCGCGAUCAAUUAGCUCGCAGCGGCUGGCUUAAGCACAUCGGUGGAAUUCUCGAGGGUGCUAGAUUAAUUACUCGUCAGGUUGGCCUAACACACUCCCAUGUUCUAAUUCACUGCUCCGAUGGAUGGGACCGCACAAGUCAGCUCAGUGCACUGAGUCAAAUUUGUCUGGAUCCAUACUUUCGAACUUUGGAAGGCUUCAUGGUUCUUGUUGAGAAAGAUUGGCUUUCGUUUGGGCACAUGUUCCGACACCGUUCUGGUCAUUUAAACAGCGAAAAAUGGUUCCAAAUUGAGAAUGAGCGAAUCGGUGGAGACCCCAACCGUACAUUUGGCGAAGGGGGCGGCGCUGGCAAAGCACUUGAGAACGCGUUCCUUAGCGCGAAGGGCUUCUUUGGUCGGGAUAACAACAGUCGAGACUCUCUGCCCGAAUCCGAUGGGGAAAUGCAGAGCUAUGAUUCCGAUAGCCCAGCUGGGAAAAAGACUAGCCCUGCACCUCGCUCAAGUGUUUCUGAAAAGGAGUUGACUAAACCCAAAGAGACAAGCCCUGUGUUCCAUCAGUUCUUGGACGCGACAUAUCAGUUGCUUCACCAGCAUCCGACUCGAUUCGAGUUCAACGAGCGCUUCCUUCGACGACUGCUAUAUCACCUGUACUCCUGCCAGUAUGGUACAUUCUUGUUCAACAACGAGAAAGAGCGCGUGGAUUCCCAGGCUCAGGAACGAACCCGUAGCGUUUGGGACUACUUCCUCGCUCGACGAGAACAGUUCACAAACCCUCAGUAUGAUGCCGACAUUGAUGACCACAAGCGCGGCAAAGAGCGACUCAUCUUCCCCCGCGUUAGUGAAACGCGAUGGUGGAACGAAGUAUUCGGUCGAACAGAUGCAGAGAUGAACGGACCCCGUCCUUCUGCAAGUGCACCAGCUUCUGCUCCCACUGAUAGUCCGAAUGGAGGGAGAACCCCGAUAUUGACAGGCAUCGAAACUGCGGACCAGUCGGUUGACAAUGGAGUGCCAGCAAAAUCUUUACCGAAUGCCGUGUCAGCGGGAAUGGCAGCUGUGGCGUCUGGUAUAUCUGAGCUUACUUUACCGAAAUCCUCGGAGCGCACGUCUGAUACUGAUCAAAUGAAAGAAAUGAAGGAGCUGGGAGUAGAGAUGCAAUAA